AAAAAGAAAGCGGAAAAUUGGGAAGAGGGGAACGCGAACAGAAACCGAGCCAGUGGGGCGUAGCUCUCGCUCGUGAGUCUACUCCAAAGGUUUGGGAGGGAAACCGACCCAGUGAGCCCUAUCUCUAGCUCCUGAGUCUACUUCAAACCUCUGGCUCGGCAUCACAGCCCAGAAGAAGAAGACGAAAAGACUUCUGAAUUCUGAACCAGUGGAUGAGUGAACCCUAGCCUCUCGAGUGGCGACCUUUGAACCUCCUUCCUAGCCUCCAUCGCCUGACAUUGCAGCCGCGCAGCCUCCAUCGCCGGACGUUGCUUCGUUGGAAGGCUUGAAUCGUCUUUAAGCCAUUGAGAAUGGUUUUGUUAAUGAACAAUGGCCAUCCUACUUGUCAUAGGAUGAAACAAAAUCCAGGCCCAUAACCAGAUGCGCUAAUCUUGAAUCUUCCCCACAACCUGCCAUCCCUAAAGCAAGAUUUUAGAUGGUUGCUGGCAUCAGUUCCCUAACUCGGAAUUAGAACCCCACGCUGUUGGACGGUGGAGAGAGAGAGCCAGAGCUGGAGAUAUGAACGUUUCAAUAAUAGAUCCACUGCAGGGAGACUUCCCUGAAGUGAUAGAAGAGUAUUUAGAGCAUGGAGUAAUGAAAUGCAUUGCGUUCAAUCGCCGAGGAACGCUUCUUGCUGCUGGAUGUUCUGAUGGAAGCUGCAUUAUUUGGGAUUUCGAGACCAGGGGAAUUGCUAAGGAGCUGCGAGAUAAAGACUGCAUUGCUGCCAUUACAAGUGUUUGUUGGUCAAAAUAUGGUCAUCGGAUACUUGUAUCUGCUGCUGACAAGUCAUUAACGCUUUGGGAUGUGGUCAAUGGUGAGAAGAUAACACGUACAACCCUCCAGCAAACCCCACUACAAGCUCGUCUAUAUCCUGGUUCAUCAAUUCCAUCCCUUUGCCUGGCAUGCCCUCUGUCAUCUGCUCCCAUGAUUGUUGAUUUGGACACAGGAAGCACAACAGUGCUUCCAGUUUCAGUUUCUGAUGCUGGUGCUGGACUUUCCCUCUCUUCACGCACCAAAUUUUCAGAUGGUUCUCUCCCUUUCACUCCAACUGCUGCUUGCUUCAACAAGUAUGGGGAUUUGGUCUAUGUGGGAAACUCUAAAGGAGAAAUACUUAUAAUAGAUUACAAAAGCAUCCAAGUGUGUGGCAUUGUUCCCAUUUCUGGUGCUGCUGUGAUAAAGAACAUUGUGUUCAGUCGGAAUGGACAAUAUCUUCUAACAAAUUCAAAUGAUCGGAUAAUCAGGAUCUAUGAGAACCUUCUGCCCUUGAAAGGCGCACUUAGUGUCCUUAAUGAACUGAACAAGACCAUUGAUGAGCUAGAUGGGUUUGAGAAGUUGAAAGCUGUUGGAUCAAAGUGCUUGGCACUUUUCCGAGAAUUUCAAGAUUCAAUCACCAAAAUGCAUUGGAAAGCACCCUGUUUCAGUGGUGAUGGUGAGUGGGUAGUUGGCGGUUCUGCUAGCAAAGGAGAGCACAAGAUCUACAUAUGGGAUAGAGCUGGGCAUCUUGUUAAAAUCCUUGAAGGUCCUAAGGAAGCAUUGUUUGAUCUAGCAUGGCAUCCUGUUCACCCUAUUGUUGUUUCUGUUUCCCUAACUGGUUUGGUCUAUAUUUGGGCGAAAGAUUAUACUGAGAACUGGAGUGCAUUUGCUCCAGACUUCAAAGAACUUGAGGAAAAUGAGGAGUAUGUAGAGAGAGAAGAUGAAUUUGAUCUUAUGCUUGAAAGUGAAAAGGUGAAAGAAUCAGAUGUCAAUGAGGAUGAUGAAGUUGAUAUCGUGACACUGGAGAAGGAUUCAGCUUUCAGUGAUUCGGAUAUGUCUCAGGAAGAACUGUGCUUCUUGCCAGCCAUUCCUUGCCCUGAUGUUCCUGAGCAGCAGGAUAAGUGUGUAGGAAGUUCUUCAAAGCUUGUUGAUAGCAAUUAUUCAGGAUCCCCUCUUUCAGAAGAAGCAAGACAAAAUGGGCAAGCAGUGAACCAUGCAUUUAGUCCAGCUGAAGCUUUAGAUAAUUCUAUUGCGGAGAAUGGAGAGGCACAUUUGAAACGGAGACGGAGACCGUCAGAGAAGGGGUUGGAGUUGCAGGCAGAGAAGGUGAAGAAACCCAGUAAGAAGAUCAAAUCUUCUGGGAAAUCAUCAAAACCUAAAAACAGGUCUAUAGUUGAACAGGAUAACACUGGUGUAUAUGCUGACGAUUUUGCUGAUGACUACAAUUAGAUUGUAGUUAUUUGUAAUUUUUAUUCAUGUUUAUAAAUUUCUUUGUUUCCUGGAAGUAACUGUUGAAUUAGUUAUAUUUAUCAAAAUUGCAUUAACCAGGUUCAUUA